AACCAGCGAUCACAUUAAAAAAGUCUUACAUGAUAACAUAAGUUCAAUGUAUUUUUAAUACCGUAUCUCUCUAUUUUCUACUUAAAUAGAACUCCACCACUUCAAAGCCCAAACCCCAAAAAAUAUACAGAGAAAUAAGAGAAUGGAUCAACAAGAAGAAAUGAGAGCAACCCACUUUGUUCUGGUUCAUGGGGCUUGCCAUGGCGCAUGGUGCUGGUACAAGCUGAUGAGCUUGCUCAAAGUGGAGACAGGGAACAGCAACCACCAUGUCCAAGUGACAGCCUUGGACCUUGGUGCCUCUGGCAUCAAUCCUAAGCUGCUCGACGAGGUCCCCACUGUUGAUGACUAUGUUCAACCUUUAAUGGAGUUCAUGGCUUCACUCCCUGAGGACCACAGAGUGAUUCUAGUGGGGCAUAGCUAUGCUGGUCUCUGCAUAUCUUUGGCUAUGGAGAAAUUCCCUCAUAAGAUCUCACUUGCAGUUUUCUUGACUGCUUACAUGCCCAAUUUCAAGUCUCCCCCUGCACUUCUCAUUCAAGAAUACUUCAAGGGGACCACAUCGAUAUUAGAUAGCCAAAUAAAGUUUGAAGAAGAUCGACCACUGUCAGUGAUAUUUGGUCCACAGUAUAUGAAAACAAAGAUGUACCCACAUAGUCAACCACAGGAAUUAGAAUUGGCAAAAAUGUUAGUAAGGCCAUCUGGACUCUACAUGGAAGAUUUUGAGAAAAAAAAUGUACUGAGUGAAGCCAAAUUCGGAUCAGUAAAACGAGUUUUUAUCGUGUGUGAAGAAGAUGAGGUGAUGAAGGAAGAGUUUCAACGGUGGAUGAUUGAGAUUAGUGAUCCUCCGUUGACUGAAGAAGAAGUAAUCGUUGUUAAAGGAGCUGAUCAUAUGGUCAUGCUCUCUCAGCCCCAUCAACUUUCCAAAAUUUUAACCAAAUUAAGUUACUCCUAUACUACUAUAUGAUCAAAAGUAAAAUAAUAAUGGCUACAUUAGUGACUUCUAUAUAUUGACUGCUACAAAAAAAUGUCAUUAUUUAUGAUGACUUUACUUUUGGCCACAACUCUUUUUAUUAUUAUAGUUAUCACUAAUAAUUUUGGGUUUAAAAUGCCAUGAUAUUAUUUUAGUAAUAAUUUUAAAGAGAUUAGAACUUAAAAUCUCUUCGCUUGAAGAAAAGUGUAUUAUCAUUAAGCUAUAUUUAUAGCCGCUUAGCAAUAAAUUUUUGUUAUUAAAAUAAUAUAAACUUUUUUUUGGGUACAAUAA